AUGUCGUCGUCUCCUAUGCCCCACGUCCUCCUGGUCUCCGCUCCUCUGCAAGGCCAUGUCAACCCUCUCCUUGUUCUGGGCCGGCACCUCGCCUCCAGAGGCCUCCUCGUCACGUUUACCACCGCCCCCCAUGCCGGCCUCAAGUUUGGGCACGGUGACGGCGCGACCGUCGACGUCGGGCGCGGCACGAUCCGGUUCGAGCACCUGAAGGGCGGCGACCUGUGGGCCCCGUACGACCCCCGGUACCACGACCCGACGGGCGGCGUGAUGCGCCACAUCGAUGAAGCCGCGCCGCCGGUCCUGGCGGAGCUUAUCCGGCGGCAGUCCGAAGCCGGCCGGCCGGUGUCGUGCGUCGUGGCCAACGCGUUCGCCCCGUGGGCGACCCGCGUCGCCAGCGGCAUGGGCGUCCCGCACGCCAUGCUCUGGACGGAGUCCUGCGCCGUCCUCUCACUGUUCUACCACUACUUCCACUCGCUCGCGGACUUCCCGUCGCGCGAAGCCGGACCAGGCGCGACGGUCGCCGUCCCCGGGCUGCCACCGCUGGCCGCCGGCGAUCUGCCCGCCCUGAUCCACGCUCCCGAGGAGUUCAUCUGGCGCCAAGUGCUCAUCGCGGACAUCCGCAGCCUCCGCGAGACGGUGACGUGGGUCCUCGUCAACACCUUCGACGAGCUCGAGCGCCCGACCAUCGAGGCUCUCCGUCCGCAUCUGCCUGUCAUACCAGUCGGUCCGCUCUGCAGCGGGACAGAGAACCACGGUAGUGGCCAAGACGACGACGACGACGACUGUGUGGCAUGGCUCGACGCGCAGCCGCCGCGGUCAGUGGUGUUCGUGGCGUUCGGGAGCCUCCUGCAGAUCAGCCGCGACGAGAUGAGCGAGCUGGCGGAGGGCCUGGCGGCCACGGGGCGGCCGUUCCUGCUGGUGGUGCGCGACGACAACCGGGAGCUCCUCCCCGACGGCGGCGACGACUGCCUAGCCGCGGCGACCGGCAGCAACAGCAGGGGCAAGGUGGUGGCGUGGUGCGAGCAGGCGCGCGUGCUCUCGCACGGCGCCGUCGGCUGCUUCGUGACGCACUGCGGGUGGAACUCCACCGUGGAGGCGCUCGUGUCCGGCGUGCCGGUCGUCACGUACCCGGCCUGGGCCGACCAGCCUACCAACGCCAAGUUCUUGGCGGACGUGUACGGCGUCGGAGUCCGGCUCCCGAAGCCGAUGGCGCGUGACGCCCUGCGCCGCUGCGUCGAGGAGGUCAUGGGCGGCGGGCCGGAGGCAGUGGCAGUGCGGGCAAGGUCCGGGAAAUGGAAGGCCGAGGCGUGCGCGGCGCUGGCCACUGGCGGGUCGUUGGACAAGGGUAUCCAAGACUUCGUCGCCGCUAUACUGUCGAUAUGUGCUGGUACGGUUUAA